AUGUCGAAGCGGAACAGCGAUGGAGAUGUGCUGUUCAACAAAGUCAAUGUCGCACUAGCGAAACGUCAGAGGCUUCUGGCCUCGUGGAUGCAACCGACGUCUGAAGAGGAGUUGAAGAAUCUGAGCGUGAACGGCCAGGCCGUUGACGAGGACCUGAACGAGGGUGCCGUGGACGAUGAGAAACUCGGCCUAGGAUCCAUCCUACCCAAAGACGUCGCAGAUGGAAGCUUUACAAGACGGGCGCCGACAUCAAACGACAAGCUCCUCGAGCAGUUGAUAGGCAAGAAAGCCGCCAAAGCACAUCUUGCUAAGAAGGAAGCCUCUAAGUCCAAGGUCAAGCAGGAGAAGUCACGCAGACCAGCGCCCGCGCCGAAGAAAGAGGAGAGCGAAGAUGAAGAGGAGGGCCGAGCCUCUGCGUUCAAGUCGAAGAAGCGGAAGGUGGAGAAGCCGAAGCCAGCGGCCGUCGAUGUGGGGGAGGAGAGUGAUGAUCUAGCGAAGGUACCAGAUGCAGAUCUGCCCUUACAACCUGCAAACAAUGUCAAAAGCCAUGAGCACGGCGCUGGUGGUGAAGCCGCUACGAAGCUGGACCUGGGAGUUAGAGAAGACGACAGCACGACGGAAGAGAAGGCACCGAGGCAACGCUCCUCAAAACCGAAGACCGGCAGCUAUCUGGACGAAAUACUCGCCGAACGAUCAAAAAAGAAGAAAAAGAAGAAGCGAAACAAGCAGAAAGACGACGCGUGA